AUGAAUGGAAUGGUGGGUCCAUCGCCACCAAUAGUGACGAUCGCACCGAUUCCGGCCCAUCAGAGCGAUAGGAGUGAAGGGUUAUCACUGCUAGCGUGGCUAAGGCCGGGUAGUCUCGCUAUCCUCACUUCCCAACUCCUUUUCUCUACUCUUAGUUUCCAGCCCUACAGAAGUGGAUUCGAAGAGAGUCUGCGAACCAACUCAUCCUCAUCUCUGGUAUCAAUGCCUCUGCCAUCACAUCUAUUGCCUUAUGAGGCCCUUACCUUCCCUUAUCACCAGUUCCUGCCUCACCCUAACCCUAGCCAUCUCUCUCAUCACGUGCCACAUCCCAGUGCUUCUUAUCGUUUGGGUGAUAAUUACUAUUUGGAUCGCUUUGGUCUACUUCGUGGCCAAUUGCCCGGUCCGUCAGCACCGAUGCCAUUGACCGGAAGUGGCACUACAUCUUCAGUGCCUUUCAAUUUAGUCCGUUAUUCAGAACUUUUGAAUUCACAAACAGAACGACUCAUUAAUGAUGAAAGACAACGACUUCUGAGUCAAACACUCUCUCAAAGUGCUUACAAACCAAACGCACAAACCAUUGAUAGCCCACCCCUUCAUAUGCCUAUUGUCAGCAAUAAUGAGAGACCACUCAUUGAUUACAACAGUGAACAUCAGUUGGUUAACCAUUCAAUGAGUAAUCACUUGACUUCGGGAUCAAUACUAAGCGGAACUCCAAGAGAUGUGACAACGACUUCAAGUGUUGCGGGAAAUAGUGUUCGCAAACAAACUAAUGUUCUUUUGGAGACAACAAAACAACAACAAAGACAUACCUCUAAUGCCUCGAAACGAGAGACCAAUCAACCCAUGAAUGCCAUCACCCCUUACGUCAACAUUGGAUCCACUUCUGGCCAUAACUGGUCAGGAAUUGAAGCCGUUAUGGAAGCGUACGACAGAUAUUCUUAUGACAAGACCCCGAAGACAACACCGCCGACAACAACGGCUCCAUUGGAUGAAUGGCAGCAAAUGAGACAAUUGUCGUUAACCAAGAAACUCAAGUUCAUGUUCGUUAAGUACUGGUAUAUCUCGAUACCCGUCCAUAUGGUGACGAGUGUCCUAUGGUUUGGCACAACAUAUCUCAUCGCAAAAAGUGGCUUUGAUGUGAAGCCCAUAUUGGAUAUGAUUAGGCCUUACGCCGAGAAACUACCACUUCCUGAGUUUGUGGUCCAUAUCCUCAACAGCGAUACGAACGCCAGUUCUGCCGGCUAUGUGGCCAUCGCUCUGAUCCUAUACAAGUUGGCCACUCCUGCCAGAUAUGCCACGACUGUCGGCGUCUCCUUCUAUUCCAUUGAGUUCUUCGUGAAGAGGGGUCUCAUAAAACCCGUGCCUUCGGGCCAACAGAUCAAAGCACAGGUGAACCAAUCGAUCAGUCGAUCGAAACUGAAUAAAGUUCUUCGCGAAAGACUCGCUAAGAAAGAGGAGUUACGCCGAAGAGCUAAGAAACAAAACACAACUAAAAAAUGAAAUCAUUUUUAGACAUUUGUAAUGAAUAUAAUGAAUAUAAUAGUAAAUAAUUGUUCAGAAAUUGCAAAUAUAUUAUCAAAAAUGGAGAGAAUUUUUAUUGAAUUAUUAUUUGACACAUUGGUAUAAAAAACAUGGUUUUAAGUAGACAUGGUAUAAA